AUGUCUUUCUGGAGUCGCCCUCGCAACCUCGUCAUCCUCGGUGGUGUCCUCGUCGGUGCUGCUUUCAUUCCUACUCCCGGCUCUAAGACCUCGUACGCAUUUUCUCCUCUCCUGCUUCUCCAAUGCCUCCAAAGACCUCAACUCUUCCAAGACACUAUUGAAGCGGCUAUGGAAAGCACAAAGAACAUCGGAGCUCGCUGGUCAGCAGGUGGUGGUUCAGACGUCCACACUCCUGGCGCCGCUACACCUCGCGGCAACAUCGAGAACACACAAGAAAACCAGACCAACGCCUCAGGCAUCCGCAGUGACCACUUCCAAGAGAACCAGAUCUCUCAACGCCCUGGCGAGCCCGGCACUUUCGACAAGGCCUGGAACAAGGCUCACUACGGCACCGAGAAGGGCAAAUAG